AUGGCAGAUGCGAUGGCCGCAAGCAGUGGCGGAGUAGAUUGGGCCACAAUAUUAAAACCAUUUUUAUCUGUGAAUUACGAGACUUCUAACAAAGCAGAAUUGAUAGAAUUAUGUUCAGCGAUCGUAAAGAGUGAAUCUGAGAUUUUACGCCACAAGGAUAGUAACAAAAACUUUUAUAAUCACUUUGCUGUGUUAGCCUCAGAUUAUAUUAGCAGCAGUACAUCUGGCUUGUCCGCAAGUCAGUUAGAGACAGUUAGUGCUGCAUGUCGUGUUUUACUCAAGUAUUUAUUAAGUGCCCUACAGACAGCUAGUAGUGAUACGAACAUCUCUAAUAACCAAAUCAAACGUUAUUUAAAUGCGGUUCGAGUGUUGUGCAUAGGAAAAGGUCUGCUGACCACCACAGAAGUUACUGUCCUUGUCGACACCAUGAAGGGGGAAAAUUUGCCCCAACAUGCCAAUCCUACACCAACAGGCAAUGAAAAGGAUGUAAGCAACAAGCAAGAGAGUUCCAAGACCCGAUCUGACCUAUCGAUUAGCAUUUUUGAACAACUGACUUUACCAUUAAGAGAUGGACAUACCACAACCCUUGACCAAAGCCCUAGCGGAACAACUAGUGCGCCAGAGACUUCUGCUGGAAAUGAUCCCACAUCUGAAAUUAAUAAGCUAUUUCUUAAAACCAACACCGAAAGUUUGCAAGCUCUCAGAGCAGGAGAUACUCUCGUGGAUCUUUGUUUGAAUCUACCUUCUAUAAAAAGAGCAAAAACCAAAGUCGAAGAUGCCUUGGCCGGCAAACCCUUCAGCAUACCCACCACUCAUUCCGAGGCCACAGCUCUAAGAAACGGGCUCGCCUCAAACGUGUCUGAAAUCAACUUGGCCAUGUCGGCGAUAAAUUUGCCCGUCCUAGAACCUCUCACGCCCAGUAAGCUAGAUAAGCUAUGCAGUCUAGCGAUGGCAGUGCUGCACUGUGCCGUUGGACAAGCGACUGCGAGUGCAGUUUUGUCUACCGGAACGGCGGUAUCCCCGAAAUGUUCUAAUCAACCGAACCAAACAGGAUUGAAGGAAGACGAUUUGGAUUCCAAUGCCGUGGCAUUGGUGGAAGAAGCCCUGAAUAUGUACAGUUACAUCGGCAAUACUAUUAAAGCUUCGACGAGAGCUGGAGGACAUGUGUACCAAAAUUAUCUGUUGGCUGGGGCUUGGGUCCUCAUCUCCGGUCUCCAGACCCAUCUUACCGCCAGCACCUCUUCCGAAAAAAAUCCUCAUUUGCGUGAAAGAGACGAAAAAGGCCGAAGCCCUUGCAAAACCAGAGAUUCGAAUUCUGCCAGGUCCGGACUGCAGAAAUUCCAACAAUCCUUCGGAGUGCUGUCCGUAGCCUUGGCCACCAGAGCCUUGACUUUACUAUCGGAGUUAUUCGAUGAUUUACACUUAGAAGUUUGCGGCGGAGCGGGAAGCAUCGUACAGGUUGAACCUGCACCGUUAGCAGUAAUGGGACAAUUCACGGCACUUCAAAGGGUCUCGAGAAUUUUAAACGCAGCACCAUUGAACCAUCUUUUAUUUUACCUGGCCAUUGUUAGUUACCGCAAAGCUUGCACCUUGAAAAGGCUUCACCCACCAGAGGGUGACACUUUCAGUCAGUCCGACUCUACCACUUAUUACGAGGAUAUGAUCAUGUGUUCCAGCGAAAGCUCAACCGAUGAAGAUGAUGACAGCGAACCGAUAUUAGGGCAAUGGUUUGAGGAAACCCUCGCGCCUCCCGACACGACCGAAGCGAAAACUCCGUCGACUUCGGACAAUGUCGAGACGAAAACCUCCCAGUCCGACCGAGUCCGUUCUAUAGUACCGGAAAGAGGGGAAGCUCAUGGUUACAUUUCCUUAGCCACCAGUAUAUUCGUAUUCCUAAACAAGCAUUUCCUUUGCUCCAAGAGUACUUAUAUCACCAGGUACGUUAAAAACGGACUCACGGAACAGCAGAUGAUCAUCUUGGCGGCCAUCAUAAGGGAUUUGGACAGGGAGACGGCCAGAACGGAAGUUGUGCUAGGUCAACUGUAUUGCGAGUUCUCUGGGGCCCUGACGAGAUUCACCCACAAUUUAAUAACCAACAACAAUCUGAGUUCACUCCAAGCCUGCCUCUUGAAUCACCUCGGUGUAUCGCCAUGGAACACAGACGUACCACACGCUUGGCCGCUACAGGUUUAUCCCAGAACUCUGGCCGUUUUAUCACAGGUCCUACUUCUGAGGCCUCAGAACGAGAAAGAGGCGUCUGUUAUCAGCAUUUGGCACAGGCUGGUAAACACUUUGAUCGAGAAUGUGUUGAACACACCACAGACUUCGAGUGCAGAAUCGGAAAAUGAAGAUUUAAAUGUAGAGCAUGCCCAAGUCUUGCUGUACCUGUUCCAUUCUCUGAAUCUGAUGCAAAAGAAAUCGGUGGUUCUGCUGAUGGCAGGGGGCGUAUUGAGGUGUUCCGAAAUUGCUAGAGGCCCUCUGAAAGAUUCCCAGCUUUUGCAUUUGUCCAGGUUGUUGCUGCUCUUCGACUACAUCAUGAAACAUCUCUAUGACGCUCCAACGUCUCUAUUAGAGCAGAUACAAUGGAAUCUAUUCUAUUCGACAAACCUCAACACUGACAAAGAGAAAGAGAACAACAUGUCCAGAAUGUACACGGCUUGGCAAGAUAUCGAAGACAACUACAGGAAGAUUUCUUCUGCCGACGAAUUUGCCAUGAAGCCAAGAUUUUACAUUUUGACUAACUUAGAAGUUAACAACCAGGAUGCACCCAAAUUAGACGGUUUAGCUUGCAAUUUCAUACUCGGAACUCCAGACAAGCUGCGUUAUCCAUUACUGCUUGACGCUUUGAUUGAAAUCUUGAACAUCACCCACGUGACAUCAGGCGCGAGCGUCUCGAAAAUGAGCUUCUUGGGGCUCUGUGCUACUCAGUACUGUUUCACUAUUUGCUGGAGACUGCUGCAGUUAUUACCACCUUCCGCGAACUACAUGGAACGCUUAGCAGCGGGAGAAAAUUUGGUAGCGGGACCGCUACUACUGCAUUCUUUGAUUUGGGGCCCUAGAGCUUCGCAUAAAAAUUUCAGUAGGUGGCUGAAAGAUUGCCUCGUGAAACAAGGGAUGUACACGCAGCAUACCGACAAGCUGCUUAAAGCGGUAUCGGACGCCGUUAAUAAUAUUAAAUAUGACUCUAGCAACGCUAAAAACUGCAUCAUAGCGCUUACACCUGAUAUUAAAAAAGGUUUGAUCACUAAGGACAACCUUCCACCACUUUGGCAUUUAUUCCUUCUCGACGCACUGUUGGCGAAGGUCCAAGUAUCUCUGGAAGAAUCGGAAGGUAGUAGUGAUUCGUCAUCGGUUUCGAUAUCGGAAAACACUUAUGUGCAGGACUUACUCCCGCACGUUCUGAGACUCACCCAAGCCGUUUUACAUUGCACUAGAUGGUCCUUGCUUCAUUCCGUCGUAGAUCAAAACGAGGCCACUGGCAAAUCGUCUUUGCAGGACUUCGAAGGACUGCAAGACGUACUGGCCAUCGCGUCGAAUAAGAACGUUCUGACGAACACCUUGGCUUCGGAGUUGUCGUCGCUGUUACCCACCGCGGUUAGUUCCGUUCAGCAACAGUGGAAUACUUCGACCCUUGAGGACAUCUCAUCGACUCCGUACCAAAGCGACAUAAUCCCAUCGGAAAGCUUCAUACUGAAAAUUGUAGACACCCACAUAUCAACCCUCUCGAUGAGCAGCCCCUUCACUAUAAACUUAUCCUUAAAACGGCUCCUUCAAUGCCUCGUCAAAUUCAUAUGCGACCACGCCCCGAAAGUGGAAAACACCGACACCAAAAACAAGGCUAUAGAAAUGCUUGUAUCGAUUACCCUCGAUCUGAGAACGGAAUUCUUACAUAACAGCGUCACGAAAACCUUAGAAAAAAUGAUCGGCGACACGGAAACGGACGAGCAUCAGAAGCGAGUGUACCUCCGGGUGCUAGAUCACACUUACCGGUUGAUUAUAAACUACACGUCGUCGAAUUCCGGCACGUACAGCACCAACAUUAACGAGAAGAUCUUGCACAACUGCCUGAAGUUCUAUGAGAAGAUUAUCGAGAAGUCGUCGGGACGGCAAGCUUUGGAGACCUUUUUCACUGGCGAUAAAGACCUCGUGAAAGUGCUCAUGUCCGUUUCCAGCCAGUUAAUGUCCCAGCAGUACAGCACCAGGGUGUUGCACUUCUUCAACAAGUUGUUCCAAGCUGCUGAGAAAAGUUCCACGGACCCAAGCCUGAAUUAUUUGUGCUCCAGCAUGAGCAAACUAGCCAGUGUCGACGGAGACAAGUUACAGACUUGGCUGAGACAGAUUAUAAUCGGCUCCAGCAAUAUAGAAAUACCAGUGACUACAGUUACUUUGAACAAAGGGGAACCUUCUUCGUCUAAUGAAGCAAAGUGGACGAUAACCGCGGUCGAUAGUAAAGAUACGAAUGUUUCCCCGCCGACUAAUGACGACCAGAAAUCGUUGGUGCAGGAAAAUAGCCAGCUUCUACAGGCCCUUACCAGUUUUAUAGUGAAGCAGAACAGCAAUGUGUCUGAAGAGGUUUCCAUAACCAUUUUGAGAGCUUUGGUUCCUUUAGGUACCCAUCUCCUAUCUCCUACGCUUGAAGGCACUGGAUUUACCGAUCUUAUGGUGGUCAUGACUAUGCUGGCGGAUGCUGGAUCCGGAAAAGGUCACACUUACUUAUUUCCCGCCACAGCCGAAUGGAUAGAAUUGUGCAACAAACACACGUCAAUCAAAGAAGUCCUCGAAAAGAUUAAAGCAAGUCCAGACUCUGUGAAAAACAAUCCCAUGUUCGAGGCAGCCUCCUGCAUCCUCGACUAUGUCAGCGACGUGGUCUGUGGAAUAACAUCCCAGCAGUCGUCAAACGUCAGACCGCUCAGCCCCCCUUGGGAAAGCGAAACUCCCCUGGACUUAGACUCAGAGUGGCAAGAAGAAGUGAACGAAGACGACGACAGUGGAGAAGACAGUGACGAAGAUUCGUUAUGCAAUAAACUGUGUACAUUCACGAUUACUCAGAAAGAAUUCAUGAACCAGCACUGGUACCAUUGCCACACCUGCAGGAUGUUGGACGGCGUCGGGGUGUGUUCGAUAUGUGCGAGAGUAUGCCACAAGGGGCACGAUCUGAGCUACGCCAAAUACGGCAACUUCUUCUGCGAUUGCGGCGCUAAAGAAGACGGAUCUUGUCAGGCUCUGGUUAAACGCAGCCCACAGUCGCUGGAGGCGACAGCAGCCGCCGCCACCAGUUCUAAUCAACAGUCCGGUAGUUUUAGUACGGAACAUAUGCUUACGAGUUCUUUACGCAGGCGUACCUCUUCGCCGGUGCCGUCGGAUAAGAUUAUGUUCAAAGAAAAAAAAUCAGGGAACAUUGUGAAACAACUAGACGGUUCUAGAGAAUUCAUCAUCAAUUACUUAGGGUCUAGCUCAGUGACCGGCUCAUUAUUAGAAUUCGUUCAAACCCUCAUACCGGCUGUAGAAGAAACAUGCCACCAAAACUCACCCGUCGGUUGCCACACCCGGGGCGUCAAAGCUCUCGGACAACUGUACUCUACCGACAAAAAAUAUAUCCAUACUGAUCAGUUAAUGGUUCCUACAUUGGGAUCACAAGAAGGCGCUUUCGAAAACGUCCGCAUGAGCUAUGCGGGCGAGCAAGGACAAACGAUAAGGCAGCUGCUCUCCGCUCACAUCGUAAGGAGAGUGGCGAUGUGCUGCAUGACUUCAACACAAGGCCGUCGCCAGCACUUGGCCGUGUCUCACGAGAAGGGAAAGAUCACGGUACUCCAACUAAGCGCGCUUUUGAAGCAAGCCGAUUCUUCUACGAGAAAAUUGACUUUAACGAGACUGGCAACAGCACCUAUACCUUUCACGGUUCUCUCUCUGUCCAGUAACUUGUGUAACGAAGACUUCUUAGCUGUGUGUGGAUUGAAAGACUGCCACAUCCUAACGUUUACGUCUGGCGGUUCGGUGUCCGACCACCUUGUUUUACAUCCCCAGUUAGAAACGGGCAAUUUUAUUAUAAAAGCGGUGUGGUUACCCGGAUCGCAAACCAAACUGGCCUUGGUGACGGCGGAUUUCGUCAAGAUAUACGAUCUUGGAGUGGAUGCGAUCAGCCCUCAGUACUACUUCUUGGUUCCCAGCGGAAAAAUCCGGGACUGCACCUUUAUGUAUGAAGAUGGUAUUUACCACAUACUUUUGAUGUCGUCUCCGGGCCACAUAUACACGGAAGUUUUGAAUGAGGAGAGUUCGACGAAGUACGGCACGUUUUACGUUACGAACACCUUGGAAGUGUUCCAUCUGGACGUUACGGAUGUCAACGGUCAGGUAGCGGGCGGAGGAGUAUCUAUCUACUAUUCCCACACCCUCGGCUUGCUGUUCUACAGUUACGCCCAAGGCAAAAGCUUUAUUUCCCCGAUAUUCCCCAAAAGUAAUUCCUUGUCCGCGGUAUUCCCGAUAACUUUUCCCCCUUCGAAUAACAGCACGUCGAAAAGCAACGGGUCUAGAAACGCAGCAAAUCAACCUCUGUGUCAGUGGACGGAGAUCCCGAACCAUCCGGGUCUAGUGUGUUGCGCUAUGCAGUCCAGUAAUAAUCCCGUCAUCCUCAUGUUGAAACCGGACUCGAUCAUGAUACAGGAGAUCAGAGUUGUACCGUCAAAGUCCAAGAUAAUGGAUAUGGUUGCUAUUAGACACAACUCCGGUAAUGAACUGAGAACGACCUUGAUUCUGCUGUGUGAGGAUGGCAGUUUGAAGAUGUAUAUGGCGAAUAUGGAACAAACAGGUUUUUGGAUGUCCCCCAGCAUACAGGCAACGAUCCCGAGCACAUCCCUGAAGCCGAAGAAGAAGAAAGUUGUGAAGGCGGGCAAAACGUCCAAUUCCGUUACAUUCCCUGUGGACUUUUUCGAGCAUUGCGUUGCUAUGAACGAUGUGGAAAUAGGAGGCAAUGACCUUCUGCAGAUAUACAACCAAUCGCAACUUAAACACAGGUUAAAUACGACGGGUUUGUACGUCGCCUGUAACAAACCACUCGGAUUCUCAAUAGAAGUUACCAACAACGAUUCCAAUAUGGUUAUGACUGGUUUACGGGUACUAGUUGGAAGUCAAGACGUCCAACGUUGUCCUUCAUUUGUUGAAGUAUUUGGGAGGAUAAUUUCAGUAUCUAUUACACGAAGCAGGUGGUACGACAUACCUUUCUCGAGGGAAGAAAGUCUUCAGGCCGACAAGAAAUUGACGAUACUUUUCGGUCCUUCUCAGGACCCAGAAACCGUCACUAUGGUCGACAGUAUAAAAGUCUACGGUAAAACUAAAGACUCAUUCGGUUGGCCUGAAGAAAAUGAUGAAAGCGUACCGGCUAGCACAUCUGGAGUCACACAACCCAUUAAUACCACCAAUGCGGAAGGCGACCAUCACACCGGCGCAGUGACUCAACUUACCAAAUUAGAAAAGCUUGUUGUGGGAAUUCUAGAGUCUCUCGACGGCACAUUCUCAUUGUAUUCCUCCGACGAUAAGCUCGUAACUGUUAAACCCACCACUUUAAAAGUCGCUACUCAACUCCUCACUUUACCUACACCUCCGUUGAUUCAGGUCCACUCUAAGGCUUUGUUGUCAUCACUCCAUGCUACGAAGCAGUUGUACCACAACUACAAGGAUCAAGCGCUGCUGCAGCACGUUUUAACUAGUCUGUCCGCUAUGACAUCCAUUGAGGGUAUCGAUUUGGACGCAGAGAGUUAUUAUAGGUUGGUUUUGAUUGUGAGAGGUAUAGCGGUGUCCAGGCCUCAGAACUUGGUCAAAUUUGCCGACAGCCACACUUCCAUUCAAGAUAUCGUGUUGGAAGAUCCUCUAGAAAGUAAGCCGCUGAACCCAAAAGACACAGAAAGCAGGCGCAAAAACCAACACCUCUUGCUGCAGCUCAUGGACGUUCUGUGGCUCUUACACUCUCUAAACCCAGAAGUACCCGCUUUGGCACCCGUUGUCGUGCAAGGAUUAAAACAUACCGAGCAAGUAGUUCACGCUCUAGUCGAAAUCGUCCACGCUUUUAAUAGCUGCGACACAUACAGCAACGUCACUAUAGGCGUUUACCUGCAGCUGUUGCUCUGUAAAGACCCACAGAUAGCUUUCAGCGCUAGGCAGGCACUAAGCAAAGUGUUAAAGCCGAAAACGAGGAGAAGGAGGGUGUUCAUACCGAGCCCGCCUCAUUGCAUAUCUCCGCCUCCUCCAAAGAAUACCGAUUCUGACGAAGUUAAACCACAACCUGCAAGCACUCAAUCCAGUCAAGAGGACGAAGCCCAACCUAGGCAACAGAAUCAGUACGAUGUCGAUGCCGUUGAGGCUAUAGGUCUCUUAGAACAGCCGAAUCAUGGACAAAACAACCAUAACGUUAACCCACUGGAAGCUUUACUGGGCGGUGGCGUAGGAUUUCCUCCAUUACUGGAUAUUCCCCCAGAUGCCGAUGACGAAACGAUGGUGGAACUGGCGAUAGCUCUUAGUUUGCAGGAACAUGAAAUCGGUGGCGAACAGAACCCAGCGCUUCACAACCUCCAAGUCCAACUGGGCAAUGAAAACCUAGCACAUCAAGUAGGUCAAUCGGCCCAAGCUCAAGAAGCGGCCAACUUCAGCGACACGACAGCGUCUGCUGCUGGUUCCGACGAUGAAGGAUCAACUGCUGCCACGGACGGUUCUACCCUGAGAACUUCCCCGGCAGAACAAGGGGGUAGUGCUGGUUCCGAGAGCGGCGGAAGUGGGGUGGAAAGCAUCACCGGGGAACACAACGUAUCCGGGAGGUCUUCUGCUUACGGCGAUAACAUGCAGGAAGCCAUUACUCUAGUUUCGAGGUCCGAUACUAGUUCCGUGGCAAAUGCUGCCGGUAUCGCCACGGAAAGUGAAAAUAUACAACAUGAAGAUCCGGAAGUCGAAUCGGAAAAUAGCAGCAGGUUGCACGUUUUGAGGCUGCAGCUCUUGGAGAGGCUGAUAGAGUACCUGCCCAAUUUAAAGAAUGUCGAUGGGGUUAGAGCCAUACCUUUCCUUCAGGUCGUACUCCAGUUAACUACGGACUUAGAUGGUCAUUCCGAGCGUGACCGAAACUGUCUUAAUUCCCUGUUGUCUGCUAUAGUGGCCGAACUACAACUAGACAAGAGAAAUACCGAAUAUAUGUGUACGAGGACUAAACAGAGAGAGGUUCAAUUGAUCCUUAUGAGAUUGCUUAGCGUGUUUAUGCAAAGGAUCAAAACUUCGUCGUCCUCCUCUUCGUCGAGCAAGGUGCCUAUCUCCGACAAUUGUACCUUUGUUUCCCGUACUACAGCCACAGUCCUGCACAAAGCAGAUAUCAUAAAUUACUGCAAUAAACUCCUACAAGCUUUAUUAAGCUACUGGCGCACCUCCACGGAAGAGGACGGUAACUCCAACACAUCGGGAAGCCUUUUGAAGGAACACCUUCCUCAUCCUCCGCCUGACAUGACGCCAUUCUUCCAAAGGCAAUUCGUCAAAGAUAACCAAGACGUUUUCCACAGUUUCCCGCAACUACUCACCGAAAUCGCCUUGAGACUACCGUAUCAAGUACACAGACACUCUGAGGUGUCCGAGUCGAUCAGCAUUGCGUUUGAAAAUUCGUGGUACAACCAUCUGUGUGACUACAUGAUGACGCCGCAUACUCCGUUUGUUAGACGACAAGUACGAAAGUUGUUGAUGUUUAUCUGUGGAAAUAAAGAAAAGUACCGCCAGUUGAGAGAUCUCCACGGUCUAAGAAAUCAUAUGAAGGGAGUGAGGGAAUGUUGUGCGAAAGGAGGGUAUCAGCCGAUGAUGGAUGUACAACACGCUCUAAGCUUACCUUACGACUCUCUUGUUGAGCUCAUAGAACAUUUGAAAUUUUGCGUGGAGGUGGCUCAAAGCCGUACGGGCAACUGGCAACGAUUUUGCAUCAAGGAAGAUGAUGUGAUAGAAUUUUUGUUCAGAGUAAGCUUCUUGCUUGACGACGGCGUGGCACCCACAAUUCUUCAGCUCUUACAGUCGGCGCUGGUUGUAAACUCGGGAAAUACAAAGAAACCAGAAUCGAGCAAAUCUACUACAUCACGAAAAGACCGCGAAAAGUCCGAUGAUUCUGCCAUCGAGGCUGUGUUCGAGGAAUCAAGUUGUGUAACUUUGGUAGAACAAAUCAAUAAGAAUCUUUCCAGGGAAGUAUUUGCUAGAUUUGUGAAAACGUUUAUGUUGGAAACUAACACUACCUUAGUACGUUGGCAAGCGCAUGCUCUGGUCCAGGCUAUCUACAAAAACUCUAAACCGAAAGAACAAGAAUCUAUACUAGAACUGCUGUGGCAACUGUGGCCCCUACUACCGGCUUAUGGGAAGAAAGCCGCUCAGUUCGUUGAUCUUCUGGGUUAUUUCUCACUAAAAUAUACCGAAAAACCAGAGGGGACACCUCAAAUCCCUGAAUAUGUAGAAAGAGCAGUGAGCGUGCUUCGAGCCCAAAACGAAAUGUUAGCUCAUCACCCCAAUGCUAACCUUUACGCUCACAUGAGCCAAUUCGUAGAACUAGACGGUUAUUACCUGGAAUCGGAGCCUUGCUUGGUGUGUAAUAACCCCGAAGUACCUUUCUCUGUAAUAAAAUUAAGUUCUAUCAAAGUUGAUUCAAAAUUCACAACCACAACUCAAAUCGUCAAGUUGCUAAACAGUCACACCAUUAGCAAAAUCACUGUAAGAAUCGGCGAUUUGAAACGUACGAAAAUGGUGAGAACUGUAAACAUUUACUACAACAAUAGAUCAGUACAAGCCGUUGUGGAACUAAAGAACAAACCCGCGUUAUGGCAUAAAGCAAAGAAAGUCAGUCUUCAGUCCGGACAGACAGAAGUUAAAAUAGAAUUCCCCCUCCCGAUCGUCGCUUGUAAUCUUAUGAUUGAGUACGCCGACUUCUAUGAGAACAUUCAAGCUUCGUCAGAAACGCUCCAGUGUCCUAGAUGCAGCGCCUCUGUACCUGCCAACCCCGGAGUGUGUGCGAAUUGUGGGGAGAACGUAUUCCAAUGUCACAAAUGUCGAGCGAUCAACUACGAUGAGAAAGAUCCCUUCUUAUGCCACGCCUGCGGUUUUUGCAAAUACGCCAAGUUCGAUUUUACCUUACUAGCCAAGCCAUGUUGUGCUGUGGAACCUAUCGAGAACGACGAAGAUCGGAAGAAAACCGUGUCCAGUAUAAAUUCCCUUCUUGAGAAAGCCGACAGGGUGUACAAACAGCUGAUUGCGAAUAAGCCAACGUUGGAGUCUCUGGUGUUGAAAAUUACCGAACACAGGUCGGAUAAAAGGCAAGAAGAACCCACUACCAGCACGAAUAAUUCUUCAAACGCUGUGGCUGUCACUACGGGAGCUCAGGUGAAGGUGAAUAAGACGAUACAGAUGUUGGCGCAACAGUAUUGCAAUGAAUGCAAGACGUCGUUCGAGGAACUGAGUAAAAUUAUACAGAAGGUGUUGGUGUCAAGAAAAGAGCUGGUCGCUUACGAUAGAAAGCACAGGGACAUGGAACUUCCUAAAACUACCCCUAUCCUAGGGGACACAAAUUCAGCAUCUACUAUCUGCGUCAAUAACCGUUGCUAUGGCUGCUCUACCGCUGCAACCGAACACUGCUUAACCCUACUAAGAGCCCUGGCUCAUAACCCAACCACGAGACAAGUACUCUGUUCAGAAGGACUGAUCCAGGAGUUGGUGUGGAACAACUUACGCAAAGGCAGCGUCCACAACCAGGAAGAAGUAAGACAGUUGCUAUGCGUUUUGACUAAAGACAAUCCCUCCGCUACCGAGGAACUUUGUAAUCUCUUGAUGGAAAGGAUAACUCUGAGCCUUAACGGUCACGUUAACAGUUCGGAUUUGGGAACGAGCGUCAGACAUGAGAUAGCGCUUUUGGCAGCGAUGGUCCAGAAGGAAGACGAAUGUUGGGAGUUGAAACUGCGGUGCAUGAUGGGGCUUUUCUUGAAAGCUUGUGAGGAUUCGAAGAGUCCUCUGGUCAUGGAGUCUGUCAUUCUGCCGUGUUUGAAGAUAUUGCAGAGUUUGAUGAAACCGCCUGAAAGUAGCAAUACUAAGAAGAACAAGGAAAAAGCAAAUACCGCCACUAGUUCCAAUGCUAAGGUUCCUCUAACUGGAAUAACGGUCGAUGUCUACAAAUUCCUUGACAAGGACGCUGACCAUACUUUUGCCGGGUGGAAAGCUAGACUGCCCAAGAAAUUGGAUAGUAAAUCAUCCAUACCAAAUGGUAAAGAAGAGACGAGGAAGUAUUACCUGGCCGAAAAAUAUGCAAGAAAUUGGAGGAGAAACAUGAGAAGAUCGUUUGGCAACAAUAAACUGAACUUGAACGAUACGUCUUGGCUUAAGGCGGUUAUAUUUAACUCUAGUUCGCGCCUGGCACGACAGGUGGCCUGUAAUAUUAUCGAACUUAUGUGUGGCAGUUUCGAACGUAAAAGAGAGAUCCUCAACCUGCUGACGCAUUUCCUGGUAGAACUAAGGGUAGCAGGUGAAAGUUCUGCGGAAUUUCUCACUCUGUACCAGAAUUUGAUUCAGGAAGCGCCUUGGAAACAGUACCUCACCGUCCAGGGAGUCCUUCUGGUGUUGGCGCAACUGGUAACGGUAGAAAUUGAACAACUUCACCGAUUGGAAGAAACGACGCUGACCUCAGACCUCGCCCAAGGCUACGCCCUUAAUCAACUAACCGAGCUGCUCUCGUCCUUCCUUGAUGACGUGGCUAUCAGGCGACAGUACAAGGGAAGGCUCGUCGGAGCCGUCCUCAACGGAUAUCUGUCUUUGAGGAGGCUGGUAGUGCAGAGGACUCGAUUGAUAGACGACACGCAGGAGAAACUUUUGGAGUUGCUGGAGGAAAUGACUACAGGUACCGAGGAGGAAACGAAGGCCUUCAUGUCCGUUUGCAUCAAGACGGUCGAGAAGUACAGCCUCCAGGACAUACUAACGCCAGUUUUCAUCUUCGAGCGGCUUUGUUCGAUAAUUUACCCAGAAGAAAACGACAUCGGCGAAUUCUUCUUGACCCUGGAGAAGGACCCCCAACAAGAAGACUUCCUCCAGGGGCGGAUGUUGGGCAAUCCUUAUUCGAGUCUAGAGGCAGGCCUGGGCCCCCUCAUGAGGGACGUGAAGAACAAGAUAUGUCAAGAUUGCGAACUGGUGGCUCUUCUUGAGGACGAUAAUGGAAUGGAGUUGUUGGUGAAUAACAAGAUUAUGAGCCUGGAUUUGCCCGUUAAGGAUGUGUAUAAGAAGGUUUGGUUGGCAGAGGGUGGUGAUCACGAAGCGAUGCGGGUCGUGUAUCGUAUGAGAGGGCUCCUCGGGGACGCCACUGAAGAAUUUAUCGAAACUCUUAGUAACAAAUCGCAGAGUACCGUAGAUAAUGAAGAAGUUUACAAAAUGGCGAACGUUCUGGCUGAAUGUGGAGGCCUUCAGGUUAUGGUAACAAGAUUGGGAGCGAUUCAGAGCGUGUUUAGGGCCCGUCCCCUGCUGCAGGUUCUACUAAAGUUAUUCAGGUUGUGUGUUAAAGUGAAUCGUUGCCAAGAAGUGCUUAUACAGCCAGAAGUAGGUGCCAUGGAGGUGUUUUUGAGGACGCUGCAACUAUGUUUAGACAGUGAACCCGAUUCUAGUCAAGCUGCCGUCACAGAACAGCUGUUAGACAUAAUGGAAACGAUCCUAUCGAAGGCCACGAGCGAAUCGUUUGAUCAGUUUGAGAAAUUCUCGCAAACAUUCGGCAGUCCUGAAUAUGUCAAAUCUCUACUAUCCUGUACUAGUCAGUCGAGCGUCAAAAAUAACAAUGCGGUCCUUGUACACCUCACGAGAGUACUAGCGGCUCUCGUGUACGGAAACAAGGAAAAAAUGGAAAUACUCCUCGACCAUUUCAAACCCGUCCUCGAUUUCAAUAAAUACGACUUCGAACACAAUUCCGAUGAGCAACAAAAACUGGAAAUGUUCUGCGUUUUAACGAACGGUAUCGAGAAGAAUGCCAUCGGUAACAGCCUCAAAGACUACAUAAUAUCGCUGGACAUUGUGAAAAACUCACUGGAAUACAUAACAAUGCAUGCGCCAUGCGUGAAACCAACACUUUUAAGGACCGACAGCGACGAACUGAAAGAUUUUAUAUCGAAACCUGCUUUGAAGUAUAUCCUGCGAUUUUUAACCGGUCUGGCCCACAGUCAUGAAAAAACACAAGUUGCCAUUGCAGCUGCCGAAACCAUUCCCAUCAUCCACAGACUGGAACAGGUAUCGUCCGACGAACACGUCGGAUCCCUAGCCGAGAACCUCCUGGAAGCGUUGUGCACCAACCCUGAUGUCGCGAAGCAAAUAGAUGCCGUCAGAGACUUCACCAGAUCGGAAAAGAAACGUCUUGCCAUGGCCAUGCGCGAGAAACAACUGGGACAGUUAGGAAUGCGGACUAACGACAAGGGGCAGGUCACCGCGAAAUCCACGAUACUCCAGCAGAUCGAGGAGUUGGGAGAGGAGUCCGGAUUGGUCUGCUGUAUUUGUCGCGAGGGCUACAAGUAUCAGCCGACGAAAGUUCUCGGGAUCUACACGUUUACGAAAAGAUGCAACGUUGACGAUUUCGAGGCAAAACCGAGGAAGACCGUUGGGUACACGACGGUCAGUCACUUUAAUAUCGUUCACAUUGAUUGCCACAUGAGCGCCGUCAGAUUGGCUAGGGCACGUGAUGAAUGGGAAUCCGCCGCCCUCCAAAAUGCCAACACGAAAUGCAACGGUCUUCUGCCGUUGUGGGGACCGCAGGUGCCAGAGUCCGCCUUUGCCAGUUGCCUAGCCAGGCACAAUACGUAUCUUCAAGAGAGCACGAACCACAGAGACAUAGGACACAGUUCUACCAUCCACGAUUUAAAACUCCUGCUACUGAGGUUCGCCCAGGAAAAAUCCUUCCACGAGGACACGGGAGGCGGCGGACCGCAAAGCAAUAUGCACGUCGUCCCUUACUUAGUUCAUGUUGCACUUUACGUGAUCAAUACAACUCGCGUUAGUAAGCGAGAGGAAUCGAGUUUAAUGUCGUAUCUCGAAGCGAGUAAUACGGAACGGUGGAUAGAGUCGUGCUACGAAGCCGAGGGACCUCUGUAUUGGUCCACGAUGUCCGUUCUCUUGCACUCCGCGGAGCAGUGGAAAAGUCACAGGCUUUCGCACCUCAAAAGGCUGGUAGUUCUCGCACAAGCCAGGCAUUGUCAACCCACCGGCCCCGCUAAGACCCUCUCGGACAAAACUGUUAAGGAAUAUGCCGUUUACAAGCCCUAUUUGGUGUUCUUUGGAUUAGUAGAUGGUAUAUACAGUUACUUCUUUAAGAAUGUGUCCGGACCAGAUGAGCAGUGGCCCAACAACCUUGCGGACUACAUCCGUCAUAACGACGAGUCUCUCAUGAAAUCUUCAGAGAAGCUAUUGGCUUAUUAUACAGAGGAGCUUCUACCCUGUACUUCCUUUCCAGAAUUCUGUGAUGUAGCAGGUUUGUUGGAUGCGAUUACUAAUCCCGAAACCUAUAUAAGUGAUCUUUUUAAUGGUAUAUCUUAAUGUAAAAAUUUUCAAGGGUUUUAAAUCUAAACAAAGGCUGUACUAUGAUUUUAUUAUUUGCUUGCUGCUAGUUUGUAAUGAUUCUAUAAGUAGACCUUUUAAAAUAAAUAAUGCUUGUUGAUGGAGUUUUAGAAUACUAAAUUAUUGUACUAUUAAAUAUUUAAAAAUAAAUUUAUUGGAACUUA